CGUCCACCGCUGUCAAAAGUUCACGAGUCGAUUUGUAUCGUUUUACCCGUGUGCCCGUCUCUCUACCGACGUUCCGAGCGGUAAGGAGAGGCACUUCUCCCCAGUGACUCGUGAACAAUUAAACAAUUGCCGGUGGAAUAAACAAAAAAAAUCAUUGGCGAAGGAGAAAGCCAAAUGGCGUAAUAUUUCAAGCUGAUCGAUAAAUUCAUAAAUCGAAGAAUCGGCUAGUCGACGGGGGUUGAAUUGAACCGGAAGAGCGGUGAAUAAUCACCGCGGAUAAAUUUAAAAAAUUGAGUGCUAGUGAAAAUUGACAUUUACUCAGUUAAUCGCUAUUUGGCCGUAAAAUAUUCGCUCUCCCCUCCUCCCUCCCCCUGCCGGCAUCAGUGAAUAGAAUCGAGGAGGAGAGAAAUAGAGAGAGAAAAAAUUUUUCUCCCCUCGGGCUCCAGCAGCCGCCCGUUCUCUUAUUCGCUCCCUUCUCAAUAGAUAGUUGGCCGACUGGGACGUAGCGGGGCUGUGCCGGUCCGGAGGUUCCUUCGAAUUAUCGAUCAAAUAGACACCAAAACCCACCCGGAGCAUUCAAACAGGGUAAGAAGUCGGGAUAAUACCACUAAAAUUUUCACGAUAUCGGAGUGAUUAUUAUUAUUUUCUUCAGUUCGGUUGAUUGAGUCAUUUUGUGAUAAAUGAACCGUUGCGCAAAGUAGCGAUAUUGUGUGAAGUUGCGGGAUGUGAAACGGGUGAAGGGGACAUUACGAAUUCGAUUAUUUUUUUUUCCCAUUGAAUUGUUGAAGUGGUUCGAGCGUCUGGAGUCAUUGAGGUGGCACAAGUGUAUGUCAGAGUACAGAGGGAAUCAUUACCCCUUUUGGUGGCUGAGAGGUGCGAUAAAGUGAUAAGGAAUAUUUAGCAUUUCGAGUAGUUCGGCGAUCGUUGUAAGGGUGGCGGCGUCAGGCGAUUGGUCGAGGGGGCACUGUGUGCGGCGGUAGUCAGGUGGUGUGCGUGCAUAACGCGCGCGUCCACUUACAGAAGGGUUAGUGGUAAAGAGUAGAUAAAAAAAAAAAUAAGGGUGCGAAAAACAACGAAAAUAAAAGUGUGGAAAAUAGUGUGUGGGUGAGUGUGCACGUGUGUGGUUUCACGUGGGUGAAUCCAAGAGUGUUUUUGCAUAAUAACGUGUUGGUGGUGUAGAAGUGGCGGGGGGUAUUUUGCCUUGCCCGUUGUAGGGGGUGGAAAGAAAAAGUUAAGGAGUGAUAAAAAGGCGCGUGGUGGCGUUUGUGAAGGCAACGUGUAGCAAGAUGGGCUGUGCCAUGUCUGCGGAAGAGCGGGCCGCUCUGGCCCGCAGCAAACAGAUUGAGAAGAAUUUGAAGGAGGAUGGAAUACAGGCUGCCAAGGACAUCAAGCUAUUGCUGCUUGGUGCCGGAGAGUCUGGAAAAAGUACUAUAGUGAAACAGAUGAAGAUUAUUCACGAGAGCGGGUUCACGCCGGAAGACUUCAAGCAGUACAGACCUGUGGUUUACAGCAAUACGAUACAAUCUCUAGUCGCCAUUCUUAGAGCAAUGCCCAUUUUAGGGAUUAACUUUUCCACGAAUGAGAGAGAGACGGAUGCAAAAAUGGUAUUCGACGUCAUCCAACGAAUGGAGGAUACAGAGCCAUUCAGUGAAGAACUAUUGGCAGCCAUGAAGAGGUUGUGGCUGGACAACGGCGUCCAGGAGUGUUUUGGCAGAAGUAACGAGUAUCAGCUUAACGAUUCAGCAAAAUACUUUUUGGAUGACCUCGACCGAUUAGGGGCGAGAGAAUAUCAGCCUACAGAACAAGAUAUUUUAAGGACUCGAGUUAAAACCACUGGAAUAGUUGAAGUUCACUUUUCGUUUAAAAAUCUCAAUUUCAAAUUAUUCGACGUGGGUGGACAGCGGAGUGAGCGUAAAAAAUGGAUACACUGUUUCGAAGACGUCACAGCAAUUAUCUUCUGCGUGGCCAUGUCUGAGUACGACCAAGUUCUUCACGAGGACGAAACCACGAAUCGAAUGCAGGAGAGUUUAAAACUGUUCGACUCAAUCUGCAAUAACAAAUGGUUCACCGACACCUCGAUAAUCCUAUUUUUAAAUAAGAAAGAUCUGUUUGAGGAGAAAAUCCGCAAGUCACCUCUCACCAUCUGUUUUCCUGAAUACGCCGGCGCUCAGGAGUACAGUGAGGCAGCGGCAUACAUACAGGCACAAUUCGAAGCGAAAAAUAAAUCGACCACAAAGGAGAUCUACUGCCACAUGACCUGCGCCACAGACACAAACAACAUUCAGUUUGUAUUCGACGCUGUCACAGACGUGAUUAUCGCCAACAAUCUCCGUGGCUGUGGUCUUUACUAGAGUUAUUUCGUAUUCUACAUUAACAUACAGAAAACUGAAACGUUACUGGACGAACGUUGUUUCCACAAAAAAAAAAUGAAAAAAAAUAAUCACCGAAGGGAAAAAUUAUUUAAGAAAAAAAACAAAUUACGAAAAAAAAAAAACAAAAAAUUGAUAUCGAUUGUUCGUUUCGGCUCGCUUCAUUUGCUGGCUGAGGAGGGGUUUUCGAGCCACUGAAGACAUUUUUUAAAGCGAAAUCGAUUGAUUGAAUCACUGAUUUACUGUGCAUUGAUUUAAUGAACAAUCGCAAUUUUUCGAGCAAUGAAAAUGUUGACUCAGUCGUGGAGAUGAGCCGGAGCGGGUUUGAGGGGCCCACAGAAUGUUAAAACACGUCUCGUACCAGUGGAAGAUGGAUAAGUACGAUAUUCGCGUCCACCAGCAAAGUCGUUACUUGAUAAUACCGACACGCCGACACCGAGUUGCUUCUUCAUUAAUUUUCGCACACUCUGAUCGAUCAAAUCCAAAGGCCAUUUGUAUUAUUUACUUUUUUUUACUUUUCUAUUCUAUGUGGGUGUGGGUGGAAGCAUGUGUGCAAGGCUUGUGAGGCAUGAUUGAGACUACAUUCAUGGCAUUUUUUUUUAUUGCUUGUAGGAUCGAGUCUGAUGGGAAUAAUGGGCACAGAGAGAUUUUUUAUUGAUGUUCGGAGACAUGUCAAGUGUUUGGUGCCUCGAUAAUUUCUUGGGAUUCGUCAUUGUAAAAUGUCGUGCAUUACGAUACCCAAUAAUCUCCUAUUAUUAGGGUGCCCGAUAGUUAAAUUCAAAUUCAACGGGUCCAGAAUUCUGUAAUUUACUGAUUUUGUCAGGAUUUUUUAGUCACACGCAGAGUUGAAUAUGAUCAAUAACGAGAAAUAGAUUUUUUAAAAUCAUUGACGUUCCGGAAAAUUGAAAUUUCAUUUACUCCGAAGCAUUGAGCAUAAAUUUGAAAAUAAUUGACUAGUGUGCUGAGCUCUUUGAGAGGAGAGGCGAGGGGACUUUUAUCAAAGAAAAACCUGAAAAAGAAGUAAAGAACCUUUUAUUCUCGCACACAAUAAAUGUCCCUCAAAAUUUUCCGUCAAACCCAUCAGUUCAAACAAUCUCCAAAACAAUGAGCCCGAAGGUUUUUGACAUAUCUCCAUUUCACCAUCACUCCACUACAGAUUCAUAUCACGCGACAUUACAAAUCGUCUAAAAAUACCUAACGAUCGAUUUCACGAGGAAAUUUAAUCAUGAACUGCGCUCAGAACGAUAUUUCAUUCUCCCUUUGAUACAAAGAAUGGAAUAAAACUUUUAGAUUGACGACGCCAUUUAUUGAUUCCAAGUGAACAUUUUAUACGUGAAAAACUAAUCAGAUAGAAAUGACAGCAAACGUUAUAAAUUAUAUUGGAGUGGCAAAAGUCGAGAAACCAAAAAAUCAACACAUUUUUGUCACAAAGUUCUUGUUGCUUGAUACGCACACAAUACAAUGCACACGCGAAUUAGCUUAAUUUCUCUCUCUCCCUUUUUAAUGGGAGGAACAUGAUUUUGGGGGGUGGGUUUCAGGGAAUUAGACAGGAGAAUUACAUUCGCACAAUAAUGAAAAGAGUUCCAUUUGCAAUCUCAUAGUGCGAGUCAUUAUAGUUCUAUUUUAUUUGUAUUGAUAUUGUUUCUAUUGUUUCAAUGACAAUAUCGAGUCGUUGGGGAUUAAAGUUGGAGGUUUCGAUGGCUCGAAAUGGGGCGGGGAAAGUCAUUGAUGAUUACUUCAGUUUCUGUUGAGAGGUGCUCGUAUGCAAGAGUGAUUAAUGAUUAAAGCGUUCAUUGAAUUAUUGACACGAGUGAGGCAUUAUUUUUCAUUCUAAUGUCAUCAGCUUUGAAGCAGUUUUUUUUCUCUCUGUCUUGAAAUAUUGGAAGCAUUAAUCAUUGUAGCAAUUUUUGUUCACGGUUGUGAGAUAUAAUCGAAAUAAUCAUUCUACAAUUUCGUGAGUUUUGUUUAGCGUUGAAUAAACAUUGAUAUCAAUCAUUAAUUCUGUUCAGAAUAAGUAAUGAAUAUAUGUGAACGGAAAAAUGAAUAAUUUGUUGUUCAGUGGAAAGAAUAAAUACUUCAAUCGAAGGUUGUCACCUUCGAACCGUCAGUUAUUAAUUAUUUAAUCAACUAAAUAUUUUUGCAUGGAAUUCUACUGUCUAACAAUAUCUUCUCAUAUUUAUCUAUCAUAUUUACAAGAGUUGGUGUAAGAACCAACUGUUCUGGACUUUCUCAACGGUUUCAUCACUUCACUACAUCAUUACAAUCUUUUUCUCGUACCAUUGAAUGCGGCUGCUGAUUACUAGUCAAUGACUCAUGACGAUUGAACUUCCUUCAAACAAGAGAAACAAAAAAAAUUGAUGAAUCAUCAACGAGAAGUGAUUUCAUUGAUUUGAAAAAUCGCUCGUUGUCGAUAGCGUGUACGAGUAAUCGUGUAACAAGAAAUUGAACUACUUGAGAGAGAUUGAGUACGAUGCGAAUACUGAACGCAGGUUUGGAGGAUAUCAGCUGAUGUCAGGUUGAAAAUGAUUUAAUGUUAUUGUUUCACAAGAGCAAAGAACUAGCGAAAAAGAGCACAUGGAAAUUAUGAAAAAUACAUUGAUAACUGACAUUGAUUUGUAAGUCUUGUAAGGAUGAAGUGAUGUCUCUGUGUAUAUCUGGAGAGAAUAAUAUUCUAGUGAAAAUUGUGAAUAUGAACGUUGAGUGAGUGAUACUGACGGUUUUUUCAUCUGCUGGAAAUUCGUGAAAUUCGAUGAAUGAUCAUUGAUUAAUUUAUUUACUGACAGAAGAGCAAACUAAUUGCAGUCGAGUGAGUUGACUCGUGAUUCUGGCAGGAAUCGGUGAGAUGGAAUAAAUAAUACAUAAUACAUGGAAAAAUUGAGGGGUGCCAGUAUUGAUGGAAUGUAAUAAUGAAUCAGAAGGGAUGACAAUUCUUGCGUGAUUGUAUUCAUUUUUGAAUGAGGUUCCCAGCUAAAAUUUGUAUUUUUUAUUCUCACAUUUUGUUGUAGAAUCACUUUUCAUCGAGAUCAUUCAUAAGAGGAAACACGUUUGAGGGUAUUUAUCCUACGAACAAAUGAUUGAAAACUGUCAUUGCACUUAUUGCAGGUGAAAACUCUUGAUAUUUGCAAAUAUUUUAAAAAUUUUUGUUCCUUCCAGUCAUUUUUUACUGAGCAAUUUUCAUGAGACAUGUUUAUAGGGUCGGAAAGUAGUUUACUUGUUCAUUUUGUGAGAUUUCCCUCAAUUUUCUUCAAUUUUCUUCAACGUAACGGGGCCAAUUACUUUUUAAAUAAAUAGUCAUUAACAUAAAUUAGCCGAUUGAAAAAAAUCGGCCAACGAGUGAACCACAUUUCACUAUUACAAAUAAACCUAGAAAUAUUUCUCAUGAAAAAUGCUGAUGAAUGAAAAAGAAUUAGAGAAUCAAAAUGUAAAUUUGAAAGUUCAGGAUUGUAGUGCAAGUGAAGGUUUGCAGUUGUUUGUGGCAAUAUAAAAUCAUAAAAUGCGUUGUUUCUCGUUAAUUAAUCUUCUCGACAAAAAAAUAUACAUCAGCUGCUACCGAAAGUCACUUGGUAUGAAAGUCUCGUGAUUUUUAAUGCUUUCCGUACCGCCUAUCUAGUCUAAAAAAUCGUUAAACUUUACAAAAAUCCACGACUCAUUUCUAGAAACCUAUCAACAAUAGCAUUAUGCAUUUAUUGAUAAACCGUUUGCAUCAAAUGAGGCAUAAUAAAUAUGUACUGCGAGUAAACUGAAGCAGUUGUACAAAGUUUCAUCGUUAUCAUUGCUGAGAUGAUUGCGCAGAGAGCUUGAAUAACGUAUUUUAUUUAACAUUGAUGGGAUUUUUAAUUAGUCAAUUAAUUUUUAACGCGAAACUGCAUGAGAGGAAAUAAUAUUUUAAAUUAUUUUUUCUCGUUUUUCCUCGUGUACCCAGUGAUUUCGAUGCGAUUCAAUUGUUUGUAACAAAUGUAUUUGUCGUUGUCAUUAUUUUUAUUUAAUUUACCAUUGAAGGAAGGGGGAACUGUGGUUUUGGUUGUGAUUACGAUUAUGGUCAAUGAAUCGGAGACAAGUUUGGGGGGAAAAUGUGGAGAAGCAUUACUUUUUUUUUGUCAAUUGUUAUCUUUAAGAAAUCUGACAUUUUCCCUGAAAGCAAUUUACAAAAAGAGUGAAAAUAUGUUCAAUUUAAUGGAUAAUAAGUAAUGACAACAUACUCAAACAUUCCCCCUUCAUUGCUUGAUGCCAUGAAUUAAUAAUUCAUUCAUCGAUGCCGAAGAAAUCAUGAAUAAUCUCUCGACAACUACAAUUAGAAUGAUUUUAGCUAGUAUUAUUAAUUUUUACAAACACGUUGCCAUAUUAAAAACCAACAGAUGAAAUUUGCUAUUUCUAGAUAAAAAAAAUUAUUGAUUAUUAUUAUUGUAAACAAUAAUUAUGAAUUAAUGAAUAUUGAAUUUAAUUCGUACAUAUAUCGUGUUUCUAGUCAUAUAGCCGAGAAAUAAUGAGAGAAAAAUCAUUGACACGCAUACACUUACCCGCACAUGCCUCUCCAAUUGAUACAAGUGAAAUCAUGCGCACAAUUUAAUUAUUUUUCGCUCAUAAAAAUGAUUUAUUUUCAAAUCAGUGCCGGCGUGUUUUAUAUUCACUGAAUUUUAUGAUAACAAUGUUUUUUUUUAAUGGAACGUGAUAAUUAUAUCAGAGUUUUUCGCUGAGUAUACGUGUGAGAAAACCAUAAUGGGUGAUUUUUAAUAAUUACGAUGAAAAAUAGAGAUUAAUGAAUUUAAUGGAAAAACAUUGUGGGACAAACUGUGAAUAAUUUGAUGGCAUGCCUGUCGUAUGAUAGCUGCGAUAGCAAGUCAAAACGCUUGAUCGGAUAUACUUUAUUAACGGAAAGUGGCAAAUAUGAGGAAAUUAAUUUUGUGAUUAUUUUUGAAUUGUCUGGUGGGAGGAAUUGAUUUAAUUCGUGAUGAGAUUUUUACUGCAUUUGUUUUCUUUACACCCGCAUUCCUGGGGGGCUGCUUGAGCAUCGUUUAUGGGGCAGCUUGACAUGUGAUGAAUACUGUUUCCCGUUUUGUCUUUAACUUCUUCGUGACUCUUUUACAUUCCUCAGUGGGUAAAUGAGGCGAUUUUAAUUCUCUCAUUUGUGCUUAACUUCGUGAAUUAAACACUUUCAGACAAUUUGAUAAUACGUUUGAGAUGUGAAAAACCUGUUUUGCCACUUUAUGAGAUACAGUUUCCGACGAAGACUUACGUCUCUCGACGCGGUGUUCAAAAUAAGAAUAAAUAAAUGAAUAGGAAGUGGUGAAGGAUCGAUGUAUGUGUGAGACUGGAAUAUAUUUACGGAUUAUUUUAUGAAUAUUUCUGGAAAUAAUGAAUUUUGGAGGAAAACGUGAGAACAUUUUUUUGGAGACAAUUUUUUAUCUGCAAAAGACAUUUCAUUUUUUCAUGAAAUUAGUUAUUUUUCAGAGGAUUUACUAUUCAGCAAUCGUUGAAAAAUCCACUGUCAUUAUUUUUAUUUGUUCAGUAAUUGAGCAUCUUGUUGAUGAGGGCUUUUAUUAAAAAAUAAUUACGCACCAGAUUUUUUGGGAGAAUUAUUCGCAAAAAAUGCGCUAUAAUUUUCAAAAAAAUGUAGACAUUUUUAAGAACAAUUCUUUUGUCUAGAAAAAAUGAUUGCUCUAACGUUCAGAUUUGCAAAUGUAAUAAUUUUCCAAAAUAUUCAGGAAAAUCAUCUGGAUUUAACUUUCGUCUUACCUCAACGGUCUUUUGCCACUUGUUUUCAAAACCAAGAAAUGAUGAAUUCAUGAAAAAACUAUGAAAUAACAAACAGAACAUGAAAUUCUGUAAACAAUAUUCACCACACACUGCAUCAUAACGUACUUUCUAUCAUUAUGAAUGAAUUAAUAAAAAAUCAGUAAUUAAAUGAGAAAAAAAUAAAAAAAUUAUAGCGUUAUAUCGUAAUUGUAAUAAUUAAUGGUAAUAUAAUGAUCAUAAUAUUGAAUAAUUAUUACAAAAAACAAAUAAUGUUUAAUUGAUCAAUAACCAAGAGCGCACGUAUUUAAUUAUUCAUUUCUAGUUCGAUGAUCAUUGAUUUUUGUGAAAGAGUGUUGUGUAAGAGUUUAAGAAAGACAAAAAAAUCAUUAAAAAAAUAUUGAAAUAAAAAAAAACAAAGUUGAACACAAAGUCGAAUCUUACAAACUACACUAAGAGAAAUUUCUCAUUAUAUAUAAUUAUUAUGUAAUAAUUGUCCAUACAUCCUAAAAUGUCGGAAUAAACUAAUACUAAAAAAUUA